GAAAUAACCUCCCCAAUAUAAACUCGAAAUUUUCAGUGUUCGGUGGUCAGUCAAUGCAGUGAACAUUGAAGAGUGAAGUUGAAAUAAAAUAUUACGAAGAUGCGUCCAGUAAGACAAGUUACAAGAAAAAUUUCCAGCCCAACCAAACGUAUAUGUAAGGGCACCGUCCACGUUUGGAGAAACAUUUCACGAAAAAACUCUGGCACCUUCAAAAUAGACAAUUCUAUAAAGAACGAAGAACUUCACCCACAGAGCAGAUAUUUCAAAUUCAAUAACGAUCCACAGCCCGAGGUUAAUUCUGAAGGGGGCAAUAGUUCAGAAUCCAGUUCUGUUGAAGCAAAGAGGACAAAGAGGAAAAGUCUACAGCUUUCAGGUGAAUCAGACUUCUGGAGUUUAGACAGCGAUGUCGAAGAAUAGGAUUACGAAAAAAGAAAAAACGAUGUUCUGAACGAAUACCUGACGCCUCUGUUAUACUACUUCGUUAUAAGUAGUCUAAUUUGACUUAAGCGUCGGAGAAGGAUUCGUUUUCAUCGGUUUUUUUUCAGCUGAAAAAAAGAAUCUAUGAAAGCAAACCUUUCUCCGUCACUUUAGACGAAAUUUGACUUUUUUUGCUAAUUUGUUGAAGUCGAAUUUGAUUUUGAGUGUCAACGGAAAUAGUUUGUAUUAAAAGAAGUCUCAAGACUCUAUAAAGGUUCAAAAUGCUCUAGUGAAUGUUAUACAUCUUAUUUUCAUCAGUAUUUUUUGGCCUAAAUGAGCAAAACAGAAUUUCCGCAGAAACUCCAUCUCAAAUUCGAUGGAACCAAAUGAGCAUAAAAAACCAGAUGGAUAUUCUAACGUUGUUAACAUAAAUUUUUGAUUGUUCUUUCAUACAUCCUCACCAUGUAUUAAAUUGUUAUAUCUUAGUUGACAUAUCUUUGUAACUAGUCAUAAGUAACUUUUUUCAUUUUGUUAAGCAUUUUUCUGUGAUGAAAUAAAUUUCCUUUCACCGU